GUUAGGGGAGAAAAAACAUCUUCCUCUCUUCCUCAGGUUUGUGGACAGUUUUGAUGUCAUGCGAUUGGAACUCAUGGGAUUUCUGGAUGUGGAUCUUGACUGUGAUGCCAUGUCAGAGCGCAUAUUGGAAAUUGUCACCAAAGAGUGGCAUCUCGAUUUGUGUUACUGCAGAGGUCAGGCCUACCUGGGAUCCGGUGAUGUCUCCUACAAGCUGAAAGCAUUUGCCUGCAAAAUCCAAGAAAAGUACCCCCUUGCAAUAUGCACACACUGCUCUUGUUACUCUUUUAACAUAUGGUGGUCAAAAUCCACCCCUGUGUCAGCAGUCAAACGGGCCCUGGAUGUUUUUGAAGAGGUUUUGAUGUUUUUUGGGAGCAUGCCUAUGCUUGAGAAACAGCUGGAUCAUGUCAUUGCAUUUGGUCUUAGGGAAAGCUAUGAAAAGGUUCAAGAAUUGCAGGGGAAGUUCUGUACCGUCUGGCAGGAGAAGCACGAUUCCUAUGAAGUCUUUGUGCAGAUGCUGGAGCCCCUUGUCGAAUGUUUGGAGAAAAUCAAGAGCAACCCACAGAGGUGGAAAUCCUCAUUCUCUCUAAAAGCUGGAGCACUGCUGCGUUUGAUAAGGGACUUUGAUUUUAUUGUGCCCAUGGUAGCCCUGAAGAACACCUCGUCCUUCACCAGGGAACUGAGUGCAGGACUCCAGAAGGAUCAUUUCAGCGCAGCAUCCCAACUCUGCCAGAUCAGUGGUAUAGUGGCUACUCUUAACAGGGUCAAAACAAACAUCAAAGUAUUUCACCAGAAUUGGUUUGAUGAAGCUUGUGCGCUCGCCCAGAGUCUAGGUGUGCAGAUAAAAGUGCCUGAUAAUUCCUCUGCGUCCAGGGAUAGCAUGAUGAAACCAGCUCUGUAUUACAAAGAUGCACUAAGUGUGCCCCUAGUGGACAACCUCACCAAUGCUGUUAAGGAUCAUUUCUCUGAGGACCACAAGGAGGCCCUAAACUUCCUCUCCCUGGUUCCCUGCUCUGUGACUGUGAGUUACAUGUUUGAAAUCCUGAGGUCAAAGCCUCCUCUCUACGCCAGUGAUCUGCCUGACUCCGACAACUUCUUCACCGAGUUGUGCUGCUGGAGGGUGAAGUGGAAGACCAAAGUUGCAUCCGUGACCAUACCAGACACCAUCUUUCAGACUCUCCGUCUGCCACUCAUGCAGUACUUUGGGAACAUCAACACACUGCUGAGGAUCAUGUCUGUGCUACCCAGCACGGUACUGGAGAACUGUGGGGAAGUGAUGCGCCACAAGAUGUUCCAGGAAUACCUGAGGAACACCAGCCCCAAGGACAGAUCCCCAUGUCUGGCCAUGCUGCAGGUGGGAACCAACUUCAGCAGAGAUCUGGACCGGAUGGUGACUAAGUGCUUGAAGGUCACUCCCCAGGCUUUAGAGGGCAUCUGCUUGGAUAAGGAAUCCAAAAGUCUGAUGAAGAACUCUGAAGCCAACAUGGAAGUCGAUCAUGGCAAAGAUGGAACAGAGGACCUUGAGAAUCAGUCUUCUGACAAGAAAGAGAACCAGGAAAUGAAAGCGGUGGAUGAGAAUGGGCACACUGGAGAUAAUCGACAGAGUUUGGAAAUGGUUUUCAGACUGGCUGCACGUCUAGGGAAAAAGAAGUGCCAGCUCUCCGAACUCUCCAAAGAAGAUCAAGUCCUUCUCAUCCAGGAUCUCGGCCUGUGCCACUGGUUUGGAAGAGAUGGCAAGUCCACGCUUAACGUAGGAGAGGAGGAAAUGGUAGAGAUUCUCACAAAAUCCAUCAGGGAAGUCAUACUCUUAGAAAUACAGGAGUCACCCUUCUUUUCUCUUAUUACAGAUAAACCUGUUGUAAUUGCUAAUAAGAGCUAUCUGCCUGUCUUCGUCAGAUAUGUUGGGGAAUGUGCCCCCAAGGUAGAGCUCAUUGGUUUUUUGCGAUUUUUUGAAACCUGUGAUGUUGAUGUUCAAGCCAAGAAUCUUUCAGCAACUUUAACUGAAGACUGGGGAUUGCCGAUGAGUCAGUGUCGUGGGCAAGCAUUCAUGCGCAUGGGCUCAGGUUGUCACAGCCUGAAGAAGAUGUCUUUGGAGUUCCUCGAGAGCUAUCCUCUGUCUGUCAUCACACCCAGUGAGUCUUGUGGUCUUGCCUGUUGGCUAGCAGGAAGUGUACACUGCCCACCUGUCACAAAGAUGCUGGGAAUUGUGGAAGAUCUUCUACUGUUCUUUGACCAGUCACCUGGACUGGAGGCAGAGCUAGCACAGGCUGUGGAUGGGUUACUGAAUACACCUCGGGAGGCCUUGGAGGAGAUUCCAGAAACCUGUUGCUCCAGGUGGAAGAAGAGGGAGGACUUUUUUGAUCUCCUAGUCGACACAUUGGAGGGAGUCUUGAGUUGCCUGGAUUCAGUUAGUUCCAGCGCCACGGGCACUAUGUCGCUACAUGCACAGGUCCUCGCCACUGCUUUGAGAGAGAUGGAUUUUGUCGUCACACUUGUGAUCCUGAAGAACGCCUGUUCUCCUCUUCGGAACUGCAGCACUGUUUUCCGCUGUGGUAACCCUGCUGACAUCAUCUGUGAGGUGGAGAAGAUCGUACCAAUCAUAGAGACACUGAACAAGAUGUUGGAGAACAUAAGCACUGUACACACACCUUGGUUUGAAGAGGCAUUGCAACUAGCAUCCAAGGUGGCCCCUCAGCAAGUGUGUUUCCCAGAGGAAGCUAACUCUUACGAGUCUCCAGAGGUGUACUACAGGGACAACUUUAGUGUUCCUGUACUGAGCUGCCUCAUUGACGAAAUGAAGUACAACUUCUCCGAUAGUCAUUUGAAAGCCUUGAAGCUCCUGUCUCUUCUUCCCACCUGCAAUCCACAGCCCAUUUCAGAGCCAAUCCGCGCAGAGUCCACAGACAAGCUAUACAGUCUCUACCUGUCUGACCUGCCUGAUCCUGACACAGUAGAGCAGGAUAUCAGUAACUGGGCCACAGUGUGGAAAGAGAAAUACCAGGACAUGUCACCACCAGCUUCUAUCUCUGAGAUACUGCUUCACCCAGAAUCUCAAAGCCAUCCCACAGUGACAAUGCUGCUCAGACUGGUGGCUGUUCUACCCAGCGUCAGUAUGGAGUGGGACCUCAUGAAGACCACCCUGAACUCCAUGAGGGCUCUGCUGAAGAACACUGUCUGCAAGGGCAGCAAAACCGACACUGUGAUGCUUCUCAUGCAUUACCCAACUGUUCAAAGACUAAGGGAGGUCAUUGAGAAGUGCAUCGAAGUUGACCCAGAAAGCAUCCCAUGUCUUGAGCAGGUGAAGAAACAAAUGAAAAGUCUGAAGCUGGAAAGUGAUUUCAGAGCUUUUGAUUUAAACCCUGAUGAGAGACAUGAGCAGACAGUUGAGGAACACCAAGCUGAUAUGGCAGAACAACCCCUUGCAGGAGAGUUGCAAGAGGAGGACGGCGCGCUGAUGGCGGAGGACGGCGCGCUGAUGGCGGAGGACGGCGCGCUGAUGGCGGAGGACGGCGCGCUGAUGGCGGAGGACGGCGCGCUGAUGGCGGAGGACGGCGCGCUGAUGGCGGAGGACGGCGCGCUGAUGGCGGAGGACGGCGCGGCCCAGGCGGAGGACGCCGUGGCCCAGGCGGAGGACGGUGUGGCCCAGGCGGAGGACGGCGUGGCGCAGGACGGCGUGGCCCAGGCGCAGGACGGCGUGGCGCAGGAGGCCGUCGCGCAGGAGGCUGUCGCGCUGGCGGAGGAGGAGGUCGGCGGGCUGAUGGUGGAGGAGGGCGUCGCGGAGGACGGUGUUGUAAUGGUAGAGGACAGGGUCGUAGGUCAGAGGCAGGCUAUGUCUUUCUAUGACCCACCUGUGCGUGAGGAAAUACUUAAGGAACUCUGGGACUCACAGUUCUUCACAAUAAUAACGGAACAGGCGGUUGAGAUUGAGGGAAAGCUCUAUGUCCCCCUGUGCAUCAGGUACUUGGACAAACAGGACACUCAGUGCGAGGAGACUGUAGCUUUCAUCCCGUUUAGCCAGGACACUGCUGUCUUGGCUGAUGCUAUUGAAACAGCCCUAUCAGAGAAAUGGGGGCUCAAUAUGGAGUACUGUAGAGGGCAAGCUUUGCUAAGUGUUGGUGAGGUAGGGUCUCGGAUGAGGGCUGUCUCUGCUGUAAUAGCCCAGAAAUACCCCCUGGCCAUGCAAAUGGUCAGCUCUGCUGUGUCUCUGAAUGUGUGGCUAGCCAGGUCAUCUCCUGCAGUGGCUGCAGCAGACUGUGCAGUGUCUAUAGAAAACAUGUUACAGUGGCUCACAGAGGAUGCAGAACGACAGACCAAACUGGAAGAGGUGAUCAUUGCCAUAUUCCAACAUGAUGAGGGGAAGGGUAAUGAGCUUAGGGACAAGCUUAUUAAGAACUGGGAGAAGAGUCAUGAUAUGCAUGAUUUGAUGGUAGAGCUCCUGGAGGUAGUCAUGCUGUGCUUGAAUGAGCUGAAAAGUGAGGAGAAUAGCUUAGGGAGUGGCCAGGCACUGCUUUACUUCAAUAAAGUCAGACGUUUUGAGUUCAUCUUCUCGGCUGUCGUGCUGAAGAAUGUCCUGAGCUCGACCAAAAAGCUGAGCCAAUCUCUUCAAGGAAAACCCCUAGAUGUGUUGCUAGCUAUGAAUAGCUUGCCCGAUCUCCUAACUUCCCUCAAUGAAUUGAAGAGCGAUAUCGACACACAUCACAAGGCCUGGUUCAAGGAAGCUGUCUCUCUAGCUUCCAAGCUGCAGAUAACGUUGUUGCACUCUGCGCUGCUAGAACCCCUGAGUCAGUUUUACAAAAUGGCGGUUAGUCAGAAGGUGAUAGAGCACUCCAUUGCUGAGGUCAGUGAGUUCUUCACAGAGAAGGUCCUCAGUGCCCUGAGGUGCCUGGAGAUUGUGCCUUACGCCAUGUCGAAGCUAGAAAACAGCAGUGUAAAUGCUCACGUUUUCCGCAUGUACAAAGAUGACAUGCCUGACCUGGUCUCACUCCCAACAGAGAUGAAGUCUUGGAGAGAGAAGUGGUUGGAUCCCAUGUCCGGGUAUCUUCCAGCUACUGUGCUCGACACCCUGAAGGCAUCAGACAUUAGGAGCUUUAGUAACAUUGAAACCCUCCUAAGGCUCCUGGUCAUCCUACCAUUUUCCCGGAGGGAGAGUACCUUCAGGCAGGGAAAGCGAAGCCUCCAGGGGUUCAUACAACAGGAGACCAGGUCCCUUUCUGAACUUCAUCCUCUGUAAAUAAGUUGGUGUUCCCUCAAGCUCUUAUUAGCGUAAAGCAGGUUUCUGAGUUGGUGUCCUAUACUGCUGACCCACUGUACCCUUGAGUAAAUGUCCAACCUAAUUUAGGUCUCAAACAUUUUAACUUACUAGAAGACAUUUCUCUGUAUACAUGAAUGAUCUAAAUCUUUUGGUCAUUUUAUUCAUUGUUUUUUAUUAUAACAUUUUUGUUUUAAGUUGUUUGGAUAAUUGUACUGCCUAAUGGGACCAAUGUCUUUACAAAAAAAGCAAUGCUCACCUGAGGGUUACCAAUGCUUGUGUGCCUUUAUGCAAAACUAACAGUCAACCCCAUGAAUCAUAAAAAUACAGAUGUCUGAAAAUGACAGUCCCAUCAGGCUUUUUGAAAUAACUUUUUUUGUCAGCACCAAAUAACAUUGGACUGAAUUUAAGAAUCACUUGCAUCAAUUCACUGUCAAUAAGUUGUAUCAUUCUCUUCCUUGGCACAAAUAGAAAUGGUUAGUUCAAUCAUGUAGAUGUAUUUUAUGAUGGUUUCUUGUCUAUUUAGGAGAGUUCAUUUUCUGUAAAGAAUUCUCCAAAUACUGUCUCCUUAAGAGUUCAACAUUCAUAUAUAUUUGUCAAAAAAUGAAAAUAAAGUUCUAAAAAGA